CUUGCUCGGACACAAAAAGAAAAAGACAGAGCCCUCGUCGCCGGCGGUUUCACUUUUCCAGCUUACUUCCCGGUGGGAUUUAACUCAGCCUGAGGCUCUUCUACGGAAGAUUGUUCCAGUGAAGCUUUUCACUCUUGAGCUCACAUUUUCACUCUCAAAUCGAAAAAUCCUUUUUACUCAUUCUUGUUAUUUUACUUCAAGUCUAAAGCAACGAUUCUCUUUUAUAUCACUUACUUUGUCCCCCCACUUUUCCUUUCUUUUCUUUGUUUUUCUUGACUGUUCCGGUUGAGAAGGAUUAGCUCUUGUUUUUGAGUGUUUUCUUGCUAAAUGUGGCUGUUUGAUUGGUUUCUUUACGGGUUUUGUCUUUUAUUUUUAGGGGUUCUUCAUUCUUCUAUGUUGAUUGUAAUUUCCAGCCGUUAAGGAGUAAAAGACUGAUAUACGUCACUUAUUUGUAUGUAUAUGGGUCUACAUUUUUUUUCCAUCAAUUUUUUUUAUGCAGUAGCGUUUCGUUGAGAUUUUGAAAGUGGUCGACGAUCCGUCAUUUCAUUUCCCAAAACAAGAAAAAUUUGUGUCUUGAGAUUCAUUGAACUAGACAAUGCCUUAAAUUUUGUAUGCAUUCUUCUAUUCUCUCUUGAAAAUGAGAAGAAUUCUAGUCUGCAUUCUGUUUUUCAUUUGUUUAUCCUCGCCAAGUUGGGUGAAAUCUUUGAGCCCUUCUUUAAAUGAUGAUGUUCUGGGCUUGGUUGUGUUCAAGUCUGACAUUCGGGAUCCAGAAGGGAAAUUAAGUUCUUGGAAUGAAGAUGAUGAUAGCCCUUGUAAUAAUUGGGUUGGGGUAAAAUGCAAUCCUAGAUCCAAUAGAGUUUCUGACCUCGUCCUUGAUGGCUUUGGGCUUUCAGGGAAAUUAGGCAGAGGCCUCCUUCAACUGCAAUUUCUUCGAAAGCUAUCACUUGUAAGAAACAAUCUUACAGGAUCCAUAAACCUCAGUUUUUCCCAGCUUUCUAAUUUAAGGGUCCUGGACUUGAGUGAGAAUAGCUUUUCCAGCCCAAUCGAGAGUGAUUUCUUUAGGCAAUGUGGGUCUUUAAGAUCAAUUUCUUUGGCUAAAAACAAGUUUUUGGGGCAAAUUCCUGAGAGUUUGGGCUCUUGCUCAACCCUUGCUUCGCUGAACUUUUCAGGCAAUCAGUUUUCAGGAGUGUUGCCUUCGGCGCUUUGGUCUUUGCAGGGGCUUAGUUUGCUUGAUUUGUCUGAUAAUUUAUUGGAGGGCGAGAUUCCGAAGGGCAUUGAUGGCUUGAGCAAUUUGAGGGGCAUAAGUUUGAGGAAUAAUCAAUUUACUGGUGGUGUUCCUGAUGGAAUUGGGGAUUGUUUAUUGUUAAGGUCUGUUGAUUUGAGCGAAAACUCUCUUUCUGAAGGGCUUCCAAGCACAAUGCACAAGCUUGUCUUGUGUAAUGACCUGGUUUUGCGUAAAAAUGGAUUUACCGGGGAGCUGCCUGAAUGGAUUGGAGAAAUGAGAAGCCUUGAGACCUUGGAGCUUUCUGAAAAUAACUUCAGUGGCCAAAUUCCAGAUGCUAUAGGGAAGCUUCAGUCAUUGAAGGUUCUAAAUGUGUCCAAGAAUGGAUUCACUGGAAGCGUGCCUGAGUCCAUGAGUAAUUGCUUAAACCUUCUGGUUUUGGAUAUUAGCCAUAAUUCCUUGAUUGGGAAUCUUCCUUCUUGGAUAUUGAAACUAGGUUUACAUCAAGUUCUGUUUUCAGAUAAUAGUUUAAGUGGGAGCAUGGACGGAUUUCUUGCUUCAUCGACCGAAAAUUCUCGUAGAAAGGUUGUGAUUUUGGAUGUGUCCCAGAAUAAGUUGUCUGGUGAAAUUCCACCAGCUGUUGGGGACUUUAGUGGUUUGCAGUUAUUGAAUAUGUCAAGAAACUCACUUGCAGGCAGCAUUCCUGCAAGCAUCGGACAAUUGAAGACUUUGGAAAUCCUGGAUUUGAGCAAAAAUCAGUUAAGUGACAGUAUCCCUUUGGAAAUUGGAAGUGCUACAUCACUUGAAGAAUUGAUACUAGAGAAAAACUUAUUGAGAGGCAAAAUUCCUUCCUCAAUUGGGAACUGCUCUUCGCUGAUUUCCUUGUCUCUAGCACACAAUGAAAUAAGUGGCUCCAUUCCUACAUCCCUUUCAAAACUUGCCAACAUUCAGAUUGUCGACUUUUCUUUUAACCAGCUUACAGGAACUCUACCAAAGCAAUUGGUAAAUCUUGUCCACCUGCAGUCGUUUAACAUUUCACACAACCAGCUAAAUGGUGAAUUACCUGCUGGUGGCUUUUUUAACACCAUAGCUCCCUCUUCCGUCUCUGAAAAUCCAUCCCUUUGUGGGGCACCAGUCAACAGAAGUUGCCCUACAGUCCUUCCAAAGCCAAUUGUGCUAAAUCCCAACUCAACGGAUGCCACUCCGGGUACAAUCUCCCAAAGCUUUCAUCGUGGAAAGAAAAUCCUAAGCAUUUCCGCCCUCAUUGCAAUUGGUGCAGCUGCUUCGAUUUUCAUUGGUGUCAUUGCAAUCACCGUGCUUAAUCUUCGUGUACGUGCCUCCACAUCUCGCUCGGCAGCAGCCCUUACCUUUUCUGGUGGCGACGACUUUAGCCAGUCACCUACCACAGAUGGCAAUUCUGGGAAGCUUGUCAUGUUUUCAGGCGAUCCUGACUUUAGCACUGGGGCACAUGCUCUUCUUAACAAGGAUUGUGAACUUGGGCGUGGAGGAUUCGGAGCUGUCUACCAGACUAUGCUUAAAGAUGGACGUUCUGUUGCCAUUAAGAAACUCACUGUUUCAAGUCUUGUCAAGUCCCAAGAAGAUUUUGAAAGGGAAGUUAAAAACUUAGGGAAAGUCUGUCAUGCUAAUCUUGUGGCACUUGAAGGUUAUUACUGGACUCCAUCACUACAGCUUCUUAUAUAUGAAUUUGUCUCUGGUGGAGAUUUGUACAAGCACCUCCAUGAAAGAUCUGCUGGGAAAACUCUCCAUUGGAACGAAAGGUUCAAUAUUAUUCUGGGUGCAGCUAAAGGCUUGGCUCAUUUGCACCAAAUGAACAUAAUCCACUACAACUUAAAAUCAAGCAACAUCUUGAUUGACAGCUCUGGUGAACCUAAGAUUGCGGAUUAUGGUUUAGCCAGGUUGUUACCGAUGUUGGAUCGUUAUGUUUUGAGCAGCAAGAUUCAGAGUGCCCUCGGUUAUAUGGCACCUGAAUUUGCAUGCAGAACUGUUAAGAUAACAGAGAAAUGUGAUGUGUACGGUUUUGGGGUUUUGGCUCUUGAGAUAGUUACUGGGAAGAGACCUGUUGAGUACAUGGAGGAUGAUGUAGUAGUGCUUUGUGACAUGGUCAGAGGAGCACUGGAAGAUGGCAAGGUAGAGGAUUGUGUUGAUGCUAGGCUGCAAGGGAAGUUUCCGGCCGAGGAGGCAAUUCCAGUGAUGAAGUUAGGAUUAAUCUGCACAUCGCAAGUGCCUUCAAACAGGCCAGUCAUGGCCGAAGUGGUUAACAUAUUGGAGCUAAUUAGAUGCCCUUCGGAAGGUCAGGACGAGUCAGGAUGACUUCAACUAACUCGUAGAUGUCCGGAGUUGAUGAAUUCACAUUGGCUUAUCCGGCGAAGAAGAAUCCGGUUUGGUUCAUUUAAAAUGGAGAAUUCAGUUAUUUCUAUAAUUCUUUUGCUUAUGUUGUUUUCGUAAAUUUUUGAACUCUAGUUCCAUGUUUUAGUUCCUUCUCCAAGUCUCAAUCGUUUACCGGAUUCCUUUUCUCCGGGUUCUAAUUUGGGACCCUGUUGGAUAUUAUCACUUACUGUUAUCCUUUCAAUUUCGCUUCAUGUUGGUCUAACAAGCCAUUUAACUUAAGAUGAUUCUCUCUUUUUUUUUUCUUCUUCAUUGUAUGAAUAAUAGCGUCUGUGCGGUUGGUUGCUA